AUGAUGAUCCACACAUUUCCAUCACCAAAACCAGAUCUUCACAGUUCUGUCAUUUUCUCAGAUGCAGCUUGGAAGGCGGAUCCGGGACAACAGCUAGCUCCAGCUGGCCUGGGCGUGUUCAUAAAAAAUGUUGGAAGAGUUAAAGUUUCAGAGCAUCUAAAUAUUCAGAUAACAGGCAUGUUCACAGAUAAUAAGGUUCUUUCCAGAGCAGCGGCAGCCAACAAUGUCAUCGAUGAUCCUGGGCACUGGGAGAUUGCCCCACUUUUGGCGUCCAUUUUCAGCAACCAGGCCUUUGAUCAUCACAACAUUUUCCAUGUUGCUAGGCACUUCAAUUUUAAAGCAGAUUUUCUUUCUAAGCUAGCUCUCAGGCUUCUUAACAGGAGUUGCACUUUUAGGUCGCAUUGCCGCACCAUUCCUCUCCGCGGCUCCGCCAUGGCAACCGCGAAGCCGGUGGCGCCGGUGCCGCUCACCCGAAUUCUUCCCCUGCGCCCGCCACGCCGCUGGAGAGCCGAGUCUACCAGGGUCGCACCUCCUUCCAUCGCCUGCAGCGCCGACGCUGGUGGCGAGCUUCCUGCCCGGCUCCAGCCGAACGCGCGGCGGCCGCUCUGGCACGGAGGCGGGUUCAGCCUCGGCGUCGACCUGGGCGCCGCCCGCACGGGGCUCGCCGUAGGCCGGGGCAUCACCCAACCCCGCCCCCUCACUGUUCUGAAGCUGCGGGGGGAGAAGCUGGUGCUCAUGCUGCUCGAUGUGGCUCAGCAGCAGGAGGCGGACGAGCUCAUCGUCGGUCUGCCGGUCUCGGCGGAUGGGAGCGAGACGCCACAGUCCAACAAGGUGCGGAGCGUCGUCGGAAGGCUCGCCGUCCAAGCAGCCGACAGGGGCUUGAGGGUUUAUCUGCAGGACGAGCAUGGAACGUCAAUUGAUGCCCUUGGCUACAUGAUCUCAACGGGUGUUAAAAGGUCUGCCCGCGACGUCAAAUCUGACGCUUAUGCGGCUGUGAUGAUUUUGGAGAGAUAUUUUUCUUCAUCGGGUCAAGGUGCUCAGAUUGUUCUUCCCAGGCAGCAAGAGCUACAGGACAAGUUAAUACUAAAAUUGAGCAAAUAUGCUGAAUUUUAGGAUAGCAUGUCUAAUUUUUCCAACUUACAACACAUUACCUUGUACUAGUAGAAUUUAGAUUGAGUAAUUUUAUUUUGUGGCGUUAAAUCCUGAAUAUAUAGUGCGAUCAGCUAACUUCCAUUGUUUGUACGGUUGUACCAUCUCAUCCUCAGGUCUUAUAUGUAUCGUAGCUACAUAUCAUCUUCCACUUCCAGAUAUCUGUGUAUCUGAUUCAUAGCUCUGUAAUGUAUGUGUUGCUGUACUGUUAUCCACUUGAAAUUGGAUAUUCUGAGUAAUCAAAUCA